AUGAAAGUGAAUGAAUAUGGAAUUGAGACGGCGGAUUUUGAAAACGAAAAAGGGAAAGCGUUGGAUUGGUGUAGGGACUAUUUUGGAGAAAGAAGUGAGCCGAGGAACAGUGAAAUAUAUAAAAAGGAGAGAAUAAGAAUGCAAGAAGUGUUUAGGGAGCUUAAGUUUAAUAGGCUUGCCGAUAUUGAUGAGGUGGUGGCUGAAGACAGUGGGGAGAGUUCAGAUGAAACAUCAUUUCAACUGGUAAUAAAAGGGAGCCUUCUACUCGCUCUCCGAUCAAAGGACAUUAACGAUAAAAGAAUGUUUUAUAAUUCAUUGAAAUUUUUCUGUGACAUCAAACAGAAGGCUAUUCGGGCAGAUAGCCCGAGUAAAGCUGUUGAUGAAAUGAUGAAGUCUGAAACCGUGGGAUACAAUAGCGAAGGUGAAGACGAUAAUGAGUAUGAGAAUGAGAAAGAUGACGAUCACAAAAGGGCAGAUGAUUUAAUAGAAGAUCUAGUUAAUAAAUGUAAACGUCAUGAAGAGGAUAUCUGUGCUUUACAAGACACGAUAGACCAAAGGACAAAGGAAUUUAAAUCAUACAUAACAAAGUUUCGAGAGUUAGACCGAGAAACAAAGGAUCUAGCCGAAUCACUCUUGCUGUCACGUACUCGCUCUGUUGAAAGUACGAGCACAGCAUUUGAAAAUGCCGAUCGAAUAAGCGCAAACAUGUCAACCAAGCUUAAGGAUUUACAGCUAAGAAUUGAAACCGGGAAAACUACAUUGCAAAAGCGCCAACAAUCGCUGGGGGCUAUGCAGAAAGAAGUGGAGAAGAGAAAGAAGAAGGCUAAAGAUCUUGCUAUGUACAAAAUGAUAUUGGGUGGACACUUAAUAAUCAUGGUAGACACUAAAAGUCGGUUUCCAUAUCCACCAAAGAAAAGACCACAGAAUCCAAGAGAAGCCCAAGCACUAUAUGAAAGCAUUAGGACUAUGGCAUUAUGGCUAGAUUCCAUUCCAUAUAUUCCUUUUCCUAUUGGAAUAGAUGCUAUCAUUGGGGUGAUUCCUGGAGUGGGCGAUCUGGCCGGUUUCUUCCUUGGUUGUUACCAAAUACACUUGAUAAGUUUCUUCCCUAACUUUCCUCAGAUUCUACUCGCAAAGAUGAUAGGACUUGUAAUAGUCGACGCUUUUGUUGGACUCAUUCCCUGGAUUGGUGAUGCAUUGGAUCUUCUGUUUAAAGCCAAUAUACAAAACCUAUUCAUGCUCGAAAAAUGGUUAGAAGAGAAAUAUGGAGACGAUAUUUGUAUAUAUGAUAGUGUAACUCAUGAGCCCAUGAAACCAAAAAAUGACCCACCACAGACACGAAAAUCACGGAACAAACGGUUACCACCAUAUACUAAUACGGGCUAUAAUUCAAAUGAAACCCCCGGAAAAGAUGUGUUUUUCAAUGCUAUUGCGCUUAGAUAUGGUCACACUGAGAUUGAAACGAGCCAUUUGAGCGAUAAAACUUAUGUCACUGAUUCCUUUACAGUAAGACUAGAUCUUUUGCUUUGGGUCGGUUUAGCUCCUAUUCUUCGAUCAAUGGCCAGUCAACAGACAAGAAGAGUUGAUGCAUCAGUGUCAGAUGAAAUGAAGACAUGGACUGGUGUAAAUAAGCUAAAGUACGAGGUUGCGGCAUUUGAUGUUUCGAGAGGCAGUCCGGCUGAUAUAUUGUAG